UCAAGUGCAACAUGCGUAUCAAAAUGUGAAUAAAUAAAUUGUGUUAUUUAUUGAUAUUUUGUUGUCUUCUGUGUUCAUAAAAGCUCUUCAUAUAUGCAGAUCUGGACAAAGCAUGUUUGAUUAAUUAUAGGAAUAAAGAGAAAAAAAGGUGACAGAAGUAAAAAUAUAAUUACACCCGUUUAACUGAUAUGCUAACAUGCUUUAAGAUUGAGAAUUAUAACACUGUGGAUAAUUGACAUUAUUAAUGUGUAUAUGUGAUCAAAAGGUUCGACAGAGAAUGAGUCAUUUAAGACCUUAAAAAUUAUAAUGCUCUUCACAGGAUCAAUUGAUUAUCAAGUUUGACAUGUUUAAAGUAUUAUAAUGUUCAUAAACAUUGCAUAGUGAACAUUAUAUUGAGCAAGGUGAUAUUAAAGAGAGAUUAACAAGAAUGGGGAUGCUGAGGAGAAGCUGGCAGAUAUUGAUGCCUAAAUAUAGACUGGGUAACAUGAUGUACAGACUGUGUUCUUCAAAAGCUCACAGAAGUCACAGAGUUAUCAUAUCUUCAUCGACGAAUAUCUACGAGAAUCUUGCAUUAGAAGACUGGUUGUUUGAGAACACAGAUUUUCAGAACGAGUCAGUGUUGUUGUUGUGGAGGAAUAAGCCGUGUGUUGUUUUUGGAAGACAUCAGAAUCCAUGGGUGGAGUGUAACGUGCCAUACUGUGAGAAACAUGAGGUCGAUCUUGUGAGGCGUAAAAGUGGUGGAGGGACAGUGUAUCAUGAUGAGGGGAAUCUAAACUGUUCAUUCUUAAUGGAGAGCUCUCUAUAUAACAGACGUAGAAAUCUACAACUUGUUGUCGAUGCUAUAAAAUCACAAUGGAAUAUUCCUAUUGCCAUUAAUAACAGAGAUGAUCUCAUGUUUCAAGAUAAUUAUAAGAUUUCAGGAACAGCAUCCAAAUUAGGUGGUAAAAAGACAUAUCAUCAUUUUACAUUGUUAUACAAUGUUGACAAACAGAGAUUAAAGAGUAUUCUGAACUCUAACUUGGAAGGUAUAAGCAGUAAGGCUACUGCCAGUUUAAAGAUGUCAGUAACAAAUCUGGCUGAUCAUUUCCCCGAUGUAGACUAUACAUCUCUGGUUGAUGUUAUCAGUGAACAUUUUGUACACAAUAAUCAGACGAAAAGAAUACAAUCAGUUAAUCCAUUGGAUGAGAAUCUCUUCGAUGGUGUGGAAAAGCAUCUGGCAGAGUUGAAAUCUUGGGAAUGGAUAUUUGGUAAAACUCCUCCAUUUUCUAUUGAACGUACAUUUUACAGUAAGAGAAACAAUAUGAAUGUUCUCAAUGUGAACGUAGAUGUUACAAAAGGCAGGAUACAUAACUUGAAAUUAGAGGAGUUGAAUAUUUUAAAUAACACUAAAGUGGGUAGAUCAUUUUUAACGUUGAGGAUCGGUCUGGAAGAGACGAAACUAUGUCCGAAUGAAGUGCGGAAAAAUUUAUCUGAUGUGAAAAUGGAGUGGAUCGCCCAGCAAGUGUAUACUGUACAGACACACGAAUAUCUGGACUGGGUUCUACAAUGUGUCAUGGAAACAUUUGCCAUAUUUAGUGAACGGCGUGAACCCUGAUUGUAAAGUUGUCUCAGAAAGUUAUUUUAAGUUCAGGAUGGCCAACCAAUAUUUAAAGCAAUGCAGUGGUUUUAUUAUUUAUUUAUAGGGAUGGCAACAAGCAACGGCUGAGUAUCUUUUAAUAGUUUAAAAUUAAUUUGAUAUUUGCGUACUUUGUAGGAAAAAAAUAUCACUUGGUUUUAUUGUUCUGAAAUAUAACAAUUUACAAUUUCUAAGAUAUAUGUCCGAUAUAAAAGACAUGAUUUUAAAUUUAAUCAAAAUAUCUAUUAAGAGGUGCGAUAAUUUUAUUGGAAAUUGACUGUUGUUUAUGUCUCAACAAGGCAAUCAGCAGUUUGACAGGUGUAUGCAAUAAACAACAACAUCAUCACUUAUAUCAUUCUUGAUUGCUUAUGACAUUAAAUACCACUGUGUUACUUUAAUUUGCUGAGCUAAUACCUUUCAAUAAGGUCAGAUGUAAGCAAUUAAUUAGACCAUAUCAACAAUUGAACCAACAAUAUUUAUUUUAUUUUCAAGAAACUUUUCUUGCAUUUUUAGUACUAGUCAAUUCUGUGUAUCAAAAUAGAAAAAGAAAGUAGGUUGCUGACAGUUUAUAAUUAUAUGUUACAUUCUUCAUUCAUGUGAUAGGUUUGACAGAAAUAUGGAUGAUCAUUAGAUGGAUUAUGGUUCAAAUUACAUUUUAAAUGUCCUGGUAACUGAGUACUCAAUUGGAAAAAUGACUGAGUGCUCAAGUACUGAAAUUAAUACUCGUUAUCAUCCUUUAUAGUUACAAUGUGUUAUCCAGUUUCAAUAAAUUUCGAUUUCAACUAAAUAAAGAUCAGGGGAGAUAACACGGAAUAUGUAAACACCAGUUAUAUAAUCCUUUAAUAAUAACAUGUUACUUAAAUCAGUGAUUUUAUAGGUUAAAUGUCAGGUUGGUACAAGGCGUAUUUUAAACUACAUUUUCCAAGAAAAAGUAGAGCCCUGCCCUGGCUUGGCUCCUGACAGUAAGCUAUGACAGUAAAUCUACCUGUACCUUUCGUAAGGUUCAAAAAUCAAGCUGCUGUAUUUGACUUAAUCCAUUAACUAAUUAAAUUGCAAAAUAAGUCAGAUAUCCAGUUUAACAUUUAUCAUACUUUAUGUUUCAAAUGGGCAUUUUUUUAGAUGUCAGAUUGUAAGAUGUAAUAUAGCUUGGUCAUUAUUAUUGGAAAAGAGUGAACUCGGCCCAAUACCAACUCGGCACGGGUCAACUCGGCCCACUUUACAAAAAUAUAUAGGCCUAUAACGUAUUUACUUUGCUUUGCAUGUUGUUCAGGUAAAUGAAUAAUAAGAAAUAUCUUAUUAUUAUUACAUUGUACCUCUGCUGAAAUAACGUAUAUUUAGAAAAAAAAAGUUAUUUAUUUGUCUUGCAGAUUCAAUAAAAUUAAUAUAGACACAGGCAUGAUUAUCGAACCUGGGAAGAAAAAAUAUGAACAGAUUGAUAAAAUAACUUCAUAUUUUUUCUUCCCAGGUCCGAUACUUGUGUCUGUGAAUAUAGAUAUUAUAAAAAUGUGUUUCCUUAGAUGCAUUUUGUUUGUAAAGUAAUUUUCAAAAAAAUAUGAAACAAAAACGUGUUUUCUUAAUAGCAUAAGCUUCUAAUUAAUUGCAGGUGGUCACUUAUCAAAUUUGAAUGAAUGAGUCAAUCAUAAUUAUCACCUAAUUAAUCGGUAUCUUUAACAUACACAUUGAUUGAUAAUAGCCCGUGACAAUAGGAUUCCUUUGAUGUCCUUUACCCGUUUUUAAAAGUGGGCCGAGUUGACCCGUGCCGAGUUAGAAUAGGGCCGAGCUGACUCGGGGGCCAAGUAUGUUUUAGGGCCGAGCUGACCCGGAUUCAUUAUUAUUAUGCCCCCAUUUCGAAGAAAAGGGGGUAUAUUGCUUUGCACUUGUCGGUCCGUCGGUCCGUAGACCAAAUGGUUACCGAGUGAUAACUAAAGAACCCUUAGGCCUAGGAACUUCAAACUUGGUAUGGUGAUUGUUCAUGACCAGUAGAUGACCCCUAUUGAUUUUGGGGUCAAGGGGUCAAAGGUCAAGGUCACAUUGACCUUGUAAGCAAAAACGGUUUCCGAUCAAUAACUAAGGAACCUUAAGGCCUAGGAACUUCAAACUUGAUAUGGUGAUUGGUCAUGAUCAGUAGAUGAUCCCUAUUGAUUUUGGGGUCAAGGGGUCAAUGGUCAAGGUCACAUUGACCUUGUAAGCAAUAACGGUUUCCGAUCAAUAACUAAAGAACUUUAAGGCCUAGGAACUUCAAACUUGGUAUGGUGAUUGGUCAUGAUCAGUAGAUGACCCCUAUUGAUUUUAGGGUCAAGGGGUCAAAGGUCAAGGUCACAUUGACCUCUUGGGUAAAAACGGUUUCUGAUCAAUAACAAAAGAACCCUUAGGCCUAGGAACUUCAAACUUGGUAUGGUGAUUGGUAAUGACCAGCAGAUGACCCUAUUGAUUUUGGGGUUAAGGGGUCAAAGGUCAAGGUCACAUUGACCUUAUAGGUAAAAACGAUUUCCGAUCAAUAACGAAAGAACCCUUAGGCCUAGGAACUUCAAACUUGGUAUGGUGAUUGGUCAUGACCAGCAGAUGACCCCUAUUGAUUUUGGGGUUAAGGGGUCAAAGGUCAAGGUCACAUUGACUUUGUAGGUAAAAACGGUUUCCGAUCAAUAACUAAAGAACCCUUAGGCCUAGGAACUUCAAACUUUGUAUGGUGAUUGGUCAUGACCAGCAGAUGACCCCUAUUGAUUUUGGGGUUAAGGGGUCAAAGGUCAAGGUCACAUUGACCUUGUAGGUAAAAAUGGUUUCUGAUCAAUAACGAAAGAACCCUUAGGCCUAGGGACUUCAAACUUGAUAUGGUGAUUGGUCAUGAUCAAUAGAUGACCCCUAUUGAUUUUGGGGUCAAGGGGUCAAGGUCACAUUGACCUUUUAGGUAAAAACAGUUUCCGAUCAAUAACUAAAGAAGGCCUACGAACUUCAAACUUGGUAUGAUUAUUGGUCAUGACCAGUAGAUGACCCAUAUUGAUAUUGGGGUUAAGGGGUCAAAGGGCAAGGUCACAUUGACCUUGUAGGUAAAAAUGCUUUCAAAUCAAUAACUUAAGAACCCUUUGGCCUAGGAACUUCAAACAUGGUAUGAUGAUUGGUCAUGACCAGCAGAUGACCUAUUGAUUUUGGGGUCAAGGGGUCAAAGGUCAAGGUCACAUUGACCUUGUAUGUUAAAACGGUUUCCGAUCAAUUAACUAAAAACGCUUAGGCCUAGGAACUUCAAACUUGGUAUGAUGAUUGGUCGUGACCAGCAGAUGACCCCUAUUGAGUUUUGCAUCAAGGAGUCAAAGGUUAAGGUCAUGACCAGUAGAUACUUGAUAACCCUUAUUAAUUGUUUGAUCACUGGGUCAGAAGUCAUAAUAACCUUAUCACAUGACUAAUUGGUGCUGAUAGGGGGCACACAUGUUUUACAAACAUAUCUUGUUUACCUUUUGAUUUGAAUAUGUAGAUUGACAUGGAACUUUGUUUGCAUGGUGUGUGGCAUUUUAUCUGA